UCUCUUCAGCAAACAAAUAUGAACGGAAUCAUUAAAGCAGGAUAUUCAUAUUUUCUUAGUGACAUGUUUGAUAACUAUAUCCGACAAUUAGCUUCUCCACCAAAGUUGGCUUUCACAAGUGGGAUUAUCGUAGGAUUUUGUCUUCGUGAAAUUGUACAUUUCAUGGGGAGUGUGCAAAAGAAAUUAGUUCCCGCCAAUGCCAAGACAGCAGGGAAAAAUAACCUGGGAGAAACUCAAUCUUCAGACAAAAUAUUUCAACAAAUCAGUGAUGAAAUUCCCCGUUUUCUGGCUGAUUGUUUCACCGACGCCAAUGUCCGUUCACAUCUACUGGAAACGUUUGGAUGCACUGACGAAACAAUAAAUGGCAUUGCAUGCCUAAUUGAUAUUGCUAGGAGACUGAAGCCAGGCUGCACGGAUAAAUUACGAACGGCAAAUUUCUUCGCAGAAGUAGCCGAAUAUUUUCACAGUAAGAAAAACAUUGGACAGACAGAGCUUGAGAAGUUAGCUUCUCUGACAAAAAUCGCUUUCUUAAGUGGAGUUGUCGUAGGGUCUUUUCUUCGUGAAGUUGGUAGGUUCGUGCGGAAACAGCUACAGAGUUUACGCAAAGAUCAGAAAACAGGUAUACUCACUUCAUAA